UGUUAAAAAUAUCAAUUGUUUAGUAGUGCUCCUAGCGAGCGGUCAAAGAAGCAGUGCGCCCACUACAGUACAUAGCUGGAAAUAUAUGAAUUUCGUAGUGACGUGAUAAUACAAGAAAUUUUUUUCAACUUUCACACGUAAGUGUUGUUGAAUAGUUGUGCGUCGCCCACGGAAGUGACAAUAAAACGUAUAAAAAAGAAAGAAAAUCGAAACGUGUAAAGCUAUUGACGUUGUCGUCUACCCACGUCACACAACCGCAUAGUUGAAAAGUCAUACGAGCAUAUGUAGGGUAUUGCGACUACAGUUCCUAAACAGACAUUUUUUGGAACUACUAAAUACGCGCUAUUUUAUUGAUAUUAAACACAGUUCCAAUACAAUUAAUUAAAACUGAAGACGGUAAAAUAACAAGCGAAAGUUCCCACUACUGCUCCAGUGGUCGGCAGCUGUUACACACGCACAUUACCUCAAACUCAAGCAGCUGAUUUUGAUUUGCUUGGCUGUGAAACUGGCAGUUUGUAAACAAAGUGUUAUUAGCGCAACAAAUCCACUCCUACCUACUCUUGCUUCACAACCAAGAAGUUAUCCGCAUUUCCUUUUAUGCUCUGUUCGACUUUGCCCCAGUCAAGAAGUCGCAUUGCUUCCUCGUGGUGAGUUAAUAAAAUUUUACAUGAAAGGAGUGCGCUAGUACAGAAGGACAAAAUGAAUAUAGACACAUUGCGAAACGAGUGGGACGAACUCACCAAAGAGUACAAUGAACUCGAGGAUUGCAAUCGCCGAUAUAUUGAGUUGCUGGAACAACUCCACAGUCAUCAGCAGAAAUGUUUCAACGAAAUAAAACAUCAACGUUAUCGGAUGAAUCAAAUUACAGCUUCACUAAAGCAAUGCAAAACAGCUCAAACGCCGGAAGAGAAGAGCAAAGUGGAGGAAUUGAAUAAAAACACACUGAAGCGUAAAGCACAGAUACACGAAAUCGAACAGUCAUUACCCACCAAUUCGGGAUUAUAUCUCAAGAUCAUUCUCGGCGAUGUCAACGUAUCAAUUUUGAACAGAAACGACAAAGUUCGCUAUAAAGAUGACUAUGAAAAGUUUAAAUUAAUACUCAACGUAAUUGGACUGUUAAUGGCAUUUCUCAAUUUGAUAUUCAACUACAGGGCCCUCGAGCUGGCUUACAUAUUCCUGCUGGUCUGGUAUUACUGCACCCUCACCAUACGUGAAUCGAUACUCAAAGUGAAUGGAUCGCGCAUCAAGGGCUGGUGGCGAGCGCAUCAUUUCAUCUCAACCGCCGCUGCAGGCGUAUUGCUCGUAUGGCCGCAGGGCGAGCACUGGCAGUUGUUCCGCACACAAUUCAUGUACUUCAAUGUCUAUAUCAACAUUGUGCAGUAUCUGCAAUUUGGCUACCAAAAGGGUUUGCUCUAUCGACUGAAGGCGCUCGGCGAACGUCACAACAUGGAUAUCACCAUUGAGGGUUUCCACUCGUGGAUGUGGCGUGGCCUGAGCUUCUUGCUACCAUUUCUAUUCGGCGGCUAUACAUUCCAAGCAUACAAUGCAUGGACAUUGUACAAGUUGACAACGUAUCCACCGGGAGCACCGUGGCAUGUGUCGGUGAUGUGCGGCUUCUUCCUGCUGCUGUUCAGCGGCAACAUUAUCACCACACUGUUGGUGGUGCCGGAGAAGAUACGCGAACGUGCCAAGGAACGCUAUCGCCUACAGUCUAUGGGCACAUCGAUGAAAUUGCGCAAAAUGAUGAGGAAUAGCAUCAGUGAAACGGACAUUUCCAGCCAGCAAUUGCUAGCCAAUAAUAAACUAGAAAACUCUACCUCCUUCCAAAACAUAGGCGAUGCAGCAGAACAAACAGCAACAACAACAACAGCAGCAACAAUAGAUACGACAACAAAAACGUCAUCAAUUAGCACCGCUAAUGCAAUCACACCAGCAGAUGGUGAGGUCAAGCAAAACAAACACAAUGCACAACAGCAACAACAACCACAACAAGAAGCCGAGCAGAAUGUGGAAUUGACGAAACCAGAGGAUAAGAAGACCAAUUAAAAAAUGUGGCAGCUCCACCAGCCCGAGCGGCGCUGCAGUGUGUUGCAGAGUGUGCUUGGUUUUUUCAAUUAAGUGAAACCUGAUAUUUUCAAGGUUUGAUUAGUACACAAAAUGUAGAAAAAAAAAUUCAAUAAUUAAGGAACGAAAAGAAAUUGAAGGAAAUUGCAUACAUACGUACAUAAA